AUGGUGGGGGUCUCCAGCCCGCCGCGGGAGGCUCAGGUCCGGACACGCGCGGAGGAAAACGCGCGUCUCUUGCGGGAUUGUGGGAAGAAGAAGGAGUGCGUCGAGCCUGGGACCGAGCUGAGGAGGUGUAGGCCCAUCCAGCCGCAGAAAGAGCUCCGAGAGCAGCAGGAACCGGCAGGAACCGGCAGGAACCGGCAGGAACCCGGGAUCACGGCGUCUUCCCUGCCCGUCGCUGCUCCUGCUGCUCCUGCUGCAGAUGAGAUGAUCCACUGCCGUGUGAUCGAGGGUGAGCUGGACAAGGCUCAGCAGAGUGAGAAGGGGCAGCAGAUAUGGAGGAGGACAUCGACGUUGAGCGAGGACCGGGCCAAGCUGAAGCAGGGCCUGGUGAAGGUGCUGCAGUGCGUGGCGUCCAUCUCGUCCGCCGCCGCCGUGGUCAACCCCAUCUUCGGCGUGGCGGGCUCGCUGAUCCGGGUGGUGCUGCACCACGUGGACGACGAGGACAUCCGCACGCUGCGGCGCGAGUUCGGCUCGGUGCACCGCGCGCUGGACCAGUUGUCGCAGCAGAACCGCAACCCGCUGCUGCAGAUCAAGAAGGAGACGCUGGACGGCCAGUACUGCCGCGUGGAGGAGAACCUCAAGAACCAGUUCCGCAAGUUCAUGGAUAUGGUGGAGGCGCGGCCCGAGCAGCGCCUGCGCCGCAAGGACGACUUCGAGGAGAGCUACGCCAACGACCUGGGCGACCAGAACCUGCACACGCUGUACGACGGCGUGGUCGGCAAGCCCAAGCUGUUCAGCCGGCCGGUUGCUGGAGGUGUACUGAAGCACUGCGGCGGCGAGCGCCGCGUCAUGGAGCGCCUCUGCACCCGCCAGCACCUCUUCUGCAUCGGCCUCAUCGCGCUCAUGGGCUACGCCGCCGUGAUCGGCGACCGACGAGGAGGGCCUGAGCGAGGAGUGGGCCGAGAAGAGGAGCACGUCCAGGAGAAGAUGCAGGAGGCGCUGCGCCGCUGCAAGUAGGGGGGAGGGGGGCUCCGUUAGCAUCCCGACGCUAACUGCCCCGGCUUCAGUCAUACCUGGGUGGGGGGGGGGGUCAGUUAGCAUCAGGACGCUAACACUACUAGCUGUAGUCAUAUCUGGGUGGGGGUCUCAGUUAGCAUCAGGAUGCUAACUCUCCUAGCUUCAGUCACACCAGGGGGGCUCAGUUAGCAUCACAACGCUAACUCUCCUAGCUUCAGUCACACCAGGGGGGCUCAGUUAGCAUCAGGAUGCUAACUCUCCUAGCUUCAGUCACACCAGGGGGGCUCAGUUAGCAUCAUAACGCUAACUCUCUUAGCUUCAGUCACACCAGGGGGG